CCUAGGUGAAAUAUCCUCAUCUUAGGAUUUAUCUCAUGACAUUAUCCAGCAACUACUCCACUGCUCCAGUCUCUGAAUUCUUCCUCAUCUGCUUCCCUAACUACAAGAGUUGGCAGCACUGGCUGUCACUGCCCCUCAGCCUCCUCUUCCUUCUGGCCAUGGGAGCCAACGCCACCCUCCUGAUCACCAUCCGGCUGGAGGCCUCUCUGCACGAGCCCAUGUACUAUCUGCUCAGCUUCCUCUCUCUGCUGGACAUGGUGCUCUGUCUCACCGUCAUCCCCAAGGUCCUGGCCAUUUUCUGGUUUGACCUCAGGGCCAUCAGCUUCUCUGCCUGCUUCCUCCAGAUGUUCAUUAUGAAUUGCUUUCUUGCCAUGGAGUCCUGCACUUUCAUGAUCAUGGCCUAUGACCGCUAUGUGGCCAUCUGUCACCCACUACGAUACCCAUCCAUCAUCACUAACCAAUUUGUGGCCAAAGCUAGUGUUUUCAUCAUGGCUCGGAAUGGUUUGCUGCUCUCACCGGUCCCCAUUCUCUCUGCUCGGCUUCAUUACUGUGGAAAAAAUGUCAUUGAGAACUGCAUCUGUGCCAACUUGUCUGUGUCUAGGCUCUCCUGUGACGACGUCACUCUUAACAGAAUCUACCAGUUUGUGGCUGGUUGGACCUUACUGGGCUUGGAUUUCAUCCUUAUCUUCCUCUCCUAUGCCUUCAUUCUAAGAGCUGUGCUUAGAUUCAAGGCUGAGGGGGCUGCGGUCAAAGCUUUAAGCACAUGUGGCUCCCACUUCAUUCUCAUUCUCUUCUUCAGCACCAUCCUGCUGGUUGUGGUGUUAACAAAUGUGUCCAGAAAGAGAGUCCCCAUGGACAUCCUAAUCCUGCUCAAUGUCCUUCAUCACCUCAUACCUCCUGCCUUGAACCCUAUUGUUUAUGGGUUUCGAACCAAAGAGUUAAAGCAGGGGUUUCAGAAGUUGCUACAGAGGAGGCUUUAA